AUGUCAUAUUACCUUAUUGGUACACCCACAAAAAUAGGAAUGCCUUCACUUCCAAGAAGAGGAAAGAUUAGCAGGAUUCUGCAAGGUGGUAAAAAUUCUAUUUAUGAUUGUGAUGAUUUUAACCUAAUAUUAUAUUUUGGUAAUGGCGAUUUGAUUUUAGAUGGUGUUAAUGGAAUUUGUGAUAAAUCUGUUUAUGAAUUUUGUCUUUUAAAUGAUGAUGAAAAAUGUUUUGAAGCCGAAGAGCUGGAAAUUUUUAGUGUAAAUGUUUAA